AUGCAGCGAAUGCUAUCAAUUCCGAAAAUAAAACUCGUUAGAGCGAAUGGUAUUGAUAAAGAGAAGGAUCGUACAUCUGCAGUUUCGGAUCAAUUAGGGACUGUAUUGGUAAAUUUAGGCACAACACCAAUAAGGGCAUGGGGGCCAGAUGAUUGUGCUCUCGACUUUCAAUCACCGCUACCGUCUCCACCUCGGGCUAUAUCUACCUCCUCAAAAGCUGGACCAACUCUUAAAGUCGAUGCCCAACUUGACGCUGAGCGAGUUUUCCCUAUGUCUUCUUCGCCUUCGUCGAGCCUAACUUCAUCGAGACGGUACACGAAUGCACUAACAUUUCAUCUGAAACAUUUGGUGUCAAAGGAAAAACGUCGGUAUUUCUCUAAUGGCUUCGACUUGGACUUGACCUAUAUUACUCGGCGACUUGUGGCACUGGGUUACCCUGCGGAAUUGAUUGAGGGCAUUUAUCGGAAUCACUAUCGUGAUGUCUUUCGUUUUUUCGAACAGCGUCAUCCUGGACGCUAUCGUGUCUACAAUCUUUGCGCUGAGCGUCGCUAUGCAUCGGUUGAUAAAUUUCAUGGUCGUGUAGCUGAGUUUGGCUUUGAAGACCACUGCCCACCCCCAUUGUCAUUACUCAUCCUGUUUUGUCAAGACGUGCACUCAUGGUUACAAUCGAAUCCCGAAAAUAUAGUGGCUGUGCACUGCAAAGCUGGUAAAGGUCGAACAGGAGUGAUGUUGUGCGCUUACAUGCUGUACGCUAGGAUAUGGCGGUCCGCAUCCGGAGCACUCGAGUACUUUGCAGCAGCCCGCUCAAUGAAGCUGCAAGGCGUGACAAUUAUAAGCCAGAGGCGAUUCAUUGGUUAUUUCAGCGAGCUGUGCCGUCGUUCUGAAAGUGCUAAUGACGCUGAACAGCUUGGGUCGUACGAGGAAGAAGAACAUCGCGAGCGAGCAAUGUCGGUGGUAGAUUAUCAUGCGUAUUGGUUAAAGCAGAUUCAAGAAGAUUCAGAGAGAUUCUCUUCACGAGAAAAUAUAAGACUGAUAGAGCGGCCGCAUGCCAAACCCAUGUUGCCUGUGCGUGUAAAGCUUGUGCUUGUCGCAGUCGUUUUGUGUGGAGUUACUGAUCACAAAAGAACAAGAUCUAGUGCCGCUGAUUGGCGAGUUCGGGUCGAAUGCGGUGCUAUUCGGCCCCGCGCUACGUCUUUUGAUCUAGCUGGAACCUUUCAGCGUCAAAUACGCUCCAAGUUUCACGGUGAAGAUAAGGAAGAGGUUGUGGAAUUGAAAAUGCAGUGUUCUCGAGUGCUCGUUUGGGAUGAGAUUAUGGUGGAACUUCGGCGGCGAAAUGGGAGCGCUUUGGGCCACUUUUGGUUCCACACGGCGUUUGUUCCACAAGUGGACGACCACUAUGAGUUGGAGUUGACAAAGAUCGAAAUUGACAAAGUCGCUAAAGAUGCUAACCAAGGACAUAAGAAAUUUGCUCCUGACUUCAGUAUGCGUUUGCUCUUUGAGCGGGUGACUGAUUAA